AUGAUUCAAACAUUAUUGAUUUUUCAAUCGACUGGAAAAAGUGGAGUACUAGCUAAGAUCCUGUUUGAUUAUUGUCUUGGAAUGAAUGUUCGUUUUCAACCUUUAACUUUGUACAUAUGUUCUUGCCAUGCAAAUGAGCUUAAAGUUGAGCGGAGAGAUAUAGCAAUGCUCGUCAUAUCAUGCCUUGAAAGCGAAACUAAAGAGUUCAAAUUAGCCGCGCGGUCAACAAUAUGUCGCGUCAUUAUUGGUCAAGAGACUUUUUCUCUUUUUAAAUGCCUCGUUUAUGUCGAAUAUUGCGCAAAUAAUUUCUACAGUAAAUGUGUAACUGGGGCGAUUGAAAAUGCAGACUGA